CGGCCUUUUCUGGUUUGGCGGGAAAAAAGUGCCUUUUCCCCGCCAAAAUUUAGCAGCCGGGCAGCCAGCGUUCUCCUAUGUCGUUUCCCAUCUCAAGAUGUCGUAUGCCGUUUUAGCUGUUAGAAGAAAGGUUACCUGUCAUGGCUGACUGCACGGUAUGGUUUGGGUUUGACUUCGACGGCACUGUAUCUAGGAUUCGUUUCAGUCCCCAGUGUGUUUCUCCGUCUUCAGCUUCAGCGUCCAUGACUAAAGUGCCCCAGGCCUUUCACCUGUUCCUCCUAUGUACCGCUCUCGCUUUAUCGUCUUCUCUAGUUGCAGCGUCUCCGGCGGAUCGCCGGUACAAUGUUGGCGAUCCCAUCCCCUUGUUUGUCAAUAAAGUCGGUCCCCUCAACAAUCCCAGUCAGACAUACGAAUACUAUGAUUUGCCAUUCUGCCGCCCAGACCCAAUAAUUAGAAAGAAAGAAUCCCUUGGCGAAGUUUUGAAUGGUGAUCGCUUGAGCAAUACUUUAUAUCAAUUGAAAUUCCGGGAGCCCAAAAUCGGUGAGACCUUGUGUCAAAAGAAGCUUACGAUUGACGAAGUUGCAAAGUUCAAGCAGGCAAUAAUAGAUGAAUUUUACUUCCAGAUGUACCUUGAUGAUCUUCCAUUCUGGGGUUUCAUUGGUCGAGUUGAAGAAGAAAGCUGGGCUGUUGGUGGCAAGGGCCCAAAGUAUUACCUUUUUAAACAUGUUCAGUUUGAUGUCCUUUACAAUGGAAAUCAAGUCAUAGAAAUAAAUGCAUUUGGUGAUCCAAAUCUUUCCGUAGACAUAACGGAAAGUGUUGAUGUGGAUGUUAAGUUCACUUAUUCAGUUAUCUGGAACACCACGUCUACACAUUUUGAGAACAGGAUGGACAGAUACUCAAGAACUUCACUGCUGCCUAUUUAUCAAAAAGUUCAUUGGUUCUCGUUUGUCAACUCAAUUGUCAUCAUUUUUCUACUGAUGGGUUUGCUUUCAGUGCUUUAUAUGCGGCAUCUGAAGAGUGAUUUGAAAAGAUUUUCUACUGUAAAUCAUGAAGACGAUAAAGAGGUUGGUUGGAAGUAUAUUCAUGGUGAUGCAUUUCAACAACCUCCCAAUUCACCCUUAUUUUUUGCUGUCCUGGGCACCGGUACCCAAUUGCUAAUCUUGGUGUGUAUAUUACUAUUUCUAGCAUGUAUUGGCACCCUCUAUCCCUACAAUCGUGGAAGACUACUAAACCUUCUUGUCCUGCUGUAUACUCUUUCUUCUAUUCUUGCCGGGUACUCAGCAUCAUCUUUUUGUGCCCAGUUUACUAAGGAUGGAUGGGAGAAGAGUGUUAUUCUAUCCGGAUUACUGUACACAGGACCAGUGUUUGUUACAGCCUCUAUCCUCAACGUCAUUGCAUUAUCUUAUGGGGCCACAGCUGCACUUCCAUUUGGCUCUAUUGUCGUGAUUCUUAUUUUAUUUGUAUUUCUCGUGAUCCCAUUGCUUGCGCUUGGUGGAUUGAUUGGAUAUCAGUUCAGGUCUGAAUUUCAAGUCCCCUCUACUACAAAGAGACAUCCUAGGGAGAUUCAAUGGCUUGCUUGGUAUAGGAGAACACCCUGUCAAAUGUUUAUUGGGGGUCUUGUGCCUUUCGCUGCUGCUGUCCUUCAAUUACACCAGUUGUAUGCAAGUAUAUGGGGCUACAAAAUAUACACUCUUCCUGGCAUCUUGCUUGUCACCUUCAUUACUGUCAUUCUGAUCACUGCCCUCGUCAAUAUUGGUUUGACAUGCCUUCAAAUAUCCGUGGAAGAUCAUGAAUGGUGGUGGAGAUCUGUGCUGUCUGGGGGCUCAACGGCCAUUUUCAUGUUCUUGUAUAGUAUCUACUUCUAUGUGAGAUCCAGUAUGAGUGGCUUAAUGCAGCUAUCUUUCUUUAUUGGCUAUAAUGCGUGCAUGUGUUAUGCGUUCUUCCUAAUAUUUGGUGCAAUCAGUUUCCGAGCUUCGUUAUUGUUUGUUCGCCACAUAGAUCAUGCUGUUAAGAGGGAGUGAAUAUACUCUUAGCAUCUAAGGACAGUGCCCUAAAAGGAAGCAGGAAAUCAGUUGUCCGUACAGAAGGUGAAAUCUACACGAAGAUGAUACAGAGUGUUUUUCAGCCUUGAAUUUCCAGACAAUGCCCUGUUAAUACAGAUUUGCGGAGUGCACUACACCGUACUUUCUUGGCCACAUGACAUAAGCAUCAGCAGAGGAAAUGACUGCUCAUUUUAAAAGGAGGUUCCUUAAUGACCUCAAAUUUAAGACGGGCUUCCUCAUGGCCUGCGCUUCGUUGUCUCUGACCAUGAGGUUUUGAUUGUCAAAGCGCUACAUUGAUAUUUCAAUUAGGUUUCCUGGCUUCUGUUUUGGAAGACUGUUAAUUUACCUAGCUAACAGGUAAUGCGUUGCAAAGGAAUUCCAUUGAGAAGCUAUGUGCGUCGUGCAUUUGGAUCUUUUUAUCGUACUGGAUGUCAAGUCAAAGUGUGAAUCUUGAUUCAUUUGAAGAUAAAUAACAAAUUUAACGUUUAGCAA